AUGGCAAAAAAGAACAAGGGGAAGAAGGUAGCAGACCCGAAUGAGACCUCCAAACUGCUUGCGGCCAAGAUCUCUCAGCUCGAGCAAGAUGCUGCUGGAGAGAAAGAUCAGGAACAGGAAAUUGAGCGUGAAGUCAAGAAGGCUACCCGCGAUCUCAAUCAGCUUCUCAACAACAUCGAGUCCCCCAUGACCCGCUUGGAAACCGUUCAUAAGAAGUACACUGAGCUGUUGGCGGAUAUGAAGAAGCUGGACCGGGACUACGCCAAAUCAAAGAAACGUGCCGAUCAGUUGCAGAAGGAGCAGGAAAAGGGAAAGUCUGAGCUCAACAAAACUGUGACCAUGAAGGAUAAAUUGGAAAAGCUCUGCCGUGAGUUGACGAAAGAGAACAAAAAGGUGAAGGACGAGAACAAGAAGCUUGAGGACACUGAAAAAAGAGCUCGCCUCAUUGUGAACGAACGACUCGAUUCUUUGCUCUACGAUAUUCAAGACGUGAUGUCUUCUAAGGGCAGCAAUCGAAACGAACAGAUGGACAUCGACCUUGAUGACAUUGUCAAAUCAAAAUUGAAGGUCAUCGUUGACCAGGCCGACAUUCGUGACCUUCACUGGAAGGCUUUUGUUCGCAGCAAGGACGCGGAAAUUCAAGCUCUCACGAUCAAAUUCGAGGAGCAACGCCGAACUGCCGAAAAUGAAAUCAGCCGCGGCCGGGCCCUGAGUGCCCAAGUCUCGACCUUUUCACAGACUGAAGCGGAGUUGCGAAGCCAACUUAACAUCUACGUUGAAAAAUUCAAGCAGGUUGAGGAUACGCUGAACAACAGCAACGAGCUGUUCCUGACUUUCCGGAAGGAGAUGGAGGAAAUGUCAAAGAAAACAAAGCGUCUCGAGAAGGAGAACCACACUUUGAACCGGAAGCACGAGCAGACCAACCGCAACAUCCUGGAGAUGGCCGAGGAACGGACUCGCAAUCAGGACGAGCUGCACAAGUGGCGACGCAAGUGUCAGCAUCUGGAGGCCCUGUGUCGACGCAUGCAGGCUCAAGGUCGUGGCGAAGGCCUCGCCGACGGUGAAGAUCAUCUGGACCAUGAUGAUGAGGGUACUGAGAGCGAGUACGACGAGGAAUACGAGGAUGCCGACGACCUGAGUGAGGACGAAGGCACAGAUGGACCCGAGGGAGCAUCCGAUGCUUUCCAAGCCGAUACCGCUGCUCUCCGACCCGUCUUCGGACCACCUCCUCCCCCCAACCUCUUGGAGGCUCGAACCACGCAGGGGGCCGUUCAGAAUGGAUGCUACUGA